AGAAAUAGAAACACGUUCACUUCUCAUCGUCACAUUCUUCACACGAACAGGAACAUAAAGACAGAGUCACACAACCUUCACUCAUUCAUACAACUGUCAGUGAACGGGUGAACGAGACGACUGAAAAAAACAGGAAGAAGAAAAAAGGAAGAAACUUUUGUCCUGAAACUUUUUUUCUUCCUCAUUUCCAUCAAACAACUGAGAUCAAACACUCGUCUUUUCUUUGAAAUCAUGUUCAAUAAUUCUACGACCACAGUCCCUGGUCCUGGUGCUGGUUCUGGUCCUGGAGGUUGUCCACCUGUAGGUAUUCAGCUGGAGGGCGUGAUCCUGCCGCCGGUUCUCACCAUCGACGUGGUGCUGGGGCUUCUGGGUAACGUGGUGGCUCUGUGGAUCUUCUGCUUCAAACUGAAGACCUGGAACCCCAACAACCUGUUCCUCUUCAACCUGCUCAUCGCUGACUUCUUUGCCCUGGUCAGCCUCCCUCUGAGGAUCGAUGCCUUGCUCAGGGGUCACUGGGUGUUUGGAGACGGUCUGUGUCGGAUCAACCUGUUCCUGAUGUUCUCAAAUCGCUCAGCCAGCAUCGCACUCAUGACAGUGGUGGCAGUUUACCGAUACUUUAAGGUCGUGUACCCUCACCACCGUGUGGCGCGGCUGCGGCGGCGUCAGGCCGUGUGCGUGCUGGCGCUGGUGUGGCUGCUGGUCGCCGCCCCUCGUCUGCCCAUGUUGGCCUUGAGUCACAUCAAAGGCAGCGGCAACAGAACCCAGUGCUUCUUCUUCACGUCAUACAAAGAGGCGUCGCGCGCCCUCAUCGUGCUGGUGGGCGUGCACCGCGUCCUCACGGUGCUGGAGUUUGUGGCGCCGCUGGUCAUGCUCACGUUCUGCUCCAUCAGGAUCUCCAGCUUCCUGAAGGUGCGACAGUUUGGAAAACCCGACAAAGUCCGCAAGGCGAUGCGAGUGUGCGCCGCCAUCGUGGCGGUGUUCCUGAUCUGCUUCCUGCCCACCACGGUGACCACCAUAGGGGUGUGGGUGGUCCGCUCGUACCGCCCCUGGGACUGCUCCGCCUUCUACACCUUCACCCAGCUCAACAUUGUCUCUCUGGGGCUGAACUUCCUGAACUCAGCUCUGGACCCCAUCAUCUACAUCUUCUCCAGCUCCAUGUUCCGUAAGGCUCUGUGCAGCUCGCUGCCCCGCCCCCUGCGCUGUGGUCAGGCCGCAGAAGACGCCGCCGCGUCCUCAUCCGGAACUCAGUCCACGACUCAACAGGAGCUGAAGUCUAUGCGAGCGAGCAGAGAUGAAGACAUGUGAGGACACACUGCUUUAAACGUGUGAGCGCCCCCUACAGCUGCAGCCAGGCUGGUGUCAUCAAACCUACGUCACAUGAUCAUGUCUUUAUCUCAUAUCUGUGUGUGUGUGUGUGUGUACAUAAACAUCUGUGGUCGAACAUGUUACAAAUGUUACAAUAGUGCAACUGUGUGAAUGUAAAUGUGCUUCACAGGUUCAUGAUUGACAGCUCUGUGCUGUUUCUUCCUUUCACUGGUUUUUUUUUAAACUUUAUUUUUCAUUCAAUAAAACAAGAACAAAACACAAAUACAGGGGGAAGACACUACUAUCUUGUAUAAAGACGCCAUUUUGUCCAUCUUGCAGUACAUAACUCUGAUUUCAUCCAUAGGCUGUAGGUCAUUUGUUCCAUUGAUCGAAUUUCUUCAACAAUAUCAAGCCAGUGGCUCAGUCCAGGUGGUUCAGUUUUCAGCCAACUUCUUGUAAUGGCUUUCUUAGCAGCAAGGGAUAGGAUCUUGAACAGAUACACAUCGUUUAUAGCUAUUACCCCAUCUGGUAUCAGUCCCAGGUACAUAUAUCUGGGGUCAUCAGGAAUAUUAUAUCCAAAAAUUUCCCCCACAAUCCUCAGAACCCCGUUCCAAAAUGUUCGUAUUUUCAUACAGGACCAGAAUAUAUGAGAGUGACUGGUAUUUAAUUGCCCACAUUGUCUCCAACAGAAUUGUUGUUGACCCAUUUGUUUAUGUUUAAUUUGUGGUGUAAUAAAAAAACGUGUUAAAUUUUUCCAACCAAACUCCCUCCAUCUCUUAGAACUUGUGUUGGGUCUUGUAAAUGGACUGCCAAUCACUCUCAGACAACUCAAUGUUAAACUCUUUUUCCCAUUUCUCUUUUAUAUACAAUGUAUUCCUUCCUUGUUAUUUCAUUAAACCUCUAUACAGUUUAGAGACUAUUUUUGAUGGAGUUAGCUUAUACGCACCUGUCAACACGUCAAUCACAUCGUUCCCUUCCAAUGAGAGGUCUUUCUUCAUUUCUGUCUCAUAAAAGUGUCUCAAUUGAAGAAAUCUGUAAAAAUCUCUGUUGUCCAAUCAAACUCAUUUUUAAGUUGACCAAAUGAUUUAAAAUGUUGCUUAUCUAUGAGUGUACAUAUAGCUGUUAUUCCUUUGUCUCUCCACUUCUUAAAUGUUUUGUCUAUUACACCUGGUCUGAACCUGGUGUGAGAAGGCCAGACCAACAGUUUACAGUCACCUGUUCCUUUCACUGUUUUUAUACAGAAUUACAUUUUUUCAGAUUUCAUUUUCUUUAUUCAUCAGCAUCUUACACACACAUACUCACACGGAGCAGAAACGUUUAUGUAGAAAUGCUGACAUCUAGUGGUGAUAAAUAUCUUUGUUUGCCACUUUUAUUUAAACCUUUUGUCUGUUUGAUAAAUGUUUAAUUAUCUCUCUCUAACCAUGAUAUUCAAACUUAGGCAAAAACAUCAUUUGAAGUUUAUUUCACCUGAAUCAUGACAGAGUUAAUGUGCAGAAUGUUUUCAUCCACUCUCAUUUCAUUCUUCUUCCUUUUCCUCUCAUUUUUUCAGCCUUGAUGGACAUUUAUUAUUUAUUAAUAUGUCUGUUGUCAGUUACCUUAAACAAAUAUUCUUAAUUUGUGCUUUAAUCAAGACUUUUAUUCAC